AUGCUUUUCUCAUCAGUCGCGAGGUUCUUCCUCGCGGGUGCCGCGCUCUUCACUGCUGCCAGUGCCCAUAACAUCGCCCUACCCGCCCACGGCCGAGAAUGCUUCCACGAGACCCUCCACAGGGACGAUAAGAUGACCGUGACAUUCCAAGUUGGCGAUCGAGAAUUUGGCAGCGCCGGAAACCUCGACAUUGACUUUUGGAUCACGACCCCUACAGGCCAGUACGAGACUUUCGAAAAGUCCGUUUCAAACGGCGAUUUCUCUUUCACGGCGAAGAUGGACGGAAGGUAUAUCUACUGCUUCGGAAACGAGCACUGGGGCGCCAACUCCAAGGAGGUUUCUUUCAACGUCCACGGCAUAGUAUACGUCAACGAGGAAGAUUUCCCCUCUGACCCUCUCGAGAAAGAAGUCCGCAAGCUGUCCGAUCUCCUAAACCAAGUCCGUGGUGAACAGUCCUACAUCAUCGUACGAGAACGAACCCAUCGCAACACCGCCGAGAGUACCAACAGUCGAGUAAAGUGGUGGAACAUGUUUGUCAUCGGCGUCGUCAUCGGCGAAUCCCUCUUCCAGGUCUGGUGGCUCCGCCGAUUCUUCGAGGUACGGAAGUAG